UCACUACAAAUUAUUAGUUAUAUAGUAUACAUGCCACUUUUGACUUGUCAACCCUUUGCUAGAAAAAAGGUUGUUUGGACUUAGCUUUAGAGUGAGCUUCUGAGAAAAAUAUGUCCCUUUUUAUUGAUUGGUGUUACAUUCUUAUUCUUUGGUAUAAAAGAAAUGAAGACGUGCACAAUUAUUACAAGAAAACUUGUAAUGCAAGAAUUCUUUCCCAUAAAUUAAACGUCGCAAAAUAUGGAAGCUCAAAUAGAAAGAGGUCAAUUACAUGCUAUUACAAGACUAUAUGAUGCAGCACUCAAGGGAGACGUACCUUCAUUGCUCAACUUGCUCGGUGAAGAUCCACUUAUCCUCGAUCGAUGCAUCAUAGGAAAAUCGGGAAGCUUUAUGCAGUCACCGUUACAUGUUGCGGUUAAUUUUGGGCAUGUAAACUUUACCGAGGAAAUAAUAAAGCAAAAGCCAGAAAUAGUAGAGUUGGUUGAUCAAAUAAAAAGAUCAUCACCCCUACACAUUGCCUCUACCAAAGGGAACUUGCUAAUCGUCGAAGUCUUGCUUGCGGUGAAUCCGAGCAUUUGCUACACACAUGACCAAGAUGGUAAGACGCCUGUUCAUGUAGCUGCCAUAAAUGGUCAAAUUGAAGUGCUUAGAAUUCUUCUUAAGAUGGAGCCACAAGCGGCUUGGGAGCGAACUAUUGGUGGUGAAACUGUUUUACAUUUGUGUGUGAAACAUAAACAACCAAAGGCUUUGAAGUUUUUGAUAGAAAUGAUGGAUGAUAAUGAGUUGCUUAACUUCGAUGAUUCCCUUGGAUUUACCGUCUUGCAAUUAGCUGUGGCAGCCAAGCAAUCCGAGAUGGUAGAAUUUUUACUUGAACAUCCAAAGAUAAAAAAAAAUGCUAUAAGCAAAAAAGGAUUGUCAGCGGUAGAUAUUCAUAAGCGAAGUCGGAAGGAUGUAAUACAAGAUGAAAAGAUAUGGAAACACCUCAAUCGAGCCAAUGCAUUACCCGCGAAGGAAGCACUAAAACCCAAGAAAGACCGCGCUUGGUUAGAGGACCAGCGCACAUCUCUAAUGGUGGUGGCAUCCUUGAUCGCAACCAUGGCCUUCCAAGCCGGAAUUAACCCCCCGGGAGGCGUAUGGCAGGAUGAUUUACCCUAUUCGGGUACAAUAGAUAAAAUGACGAGAAUGUAUAUUGGCCAUGAUGCAGGUACUGCUAUAUGGUCAUAUAGUAAAGAUACUGCUUAUAGUUUUGCACUAAUUAGUAACACAAUAGGACUAAUAUCAUCGCUAAGUGUCAUCCUUCUCCUUAUCAGCGGCCUUCCAUGCAAGCGAUAUUUCUUGACAUUUUUAAGGAUAAUAUUAUGGAUUUCUGUCACGGCAACAGCAUUUACAUACAUGUUCUCGGUAUCUAAUCUAACUCACGAAGACAGUGGAAUUUGGGCUGCUAUAACGAUCUCUCUUCUAGCCUGGCUAGGUUUAAUGGGAUUUAUACUCUUUGGACAUGUUGUGCGAUUUAUAUGGAAGAAGAUUAGUUGGCGAAAGAGGCAAUCAAUAAUUAAAUUUUGUAAGAGAUGUUAUCCAUGGUAAAAAAAAACAACUACAAAUGUAUCUAAUUUAAGCAAUCAUGUAUAAUGGUCAAAACUUACUAAUGUGUGUCGUCACAAUCCAUCUUUACCUCUAGCUUUUUGUAGCUUUACAUUCUACAUGUAUUUAUGUAUGCAAUAAUCAAUUGCAAUCGGCUUAUCUUAAUUUAUAAUGGUACCGCUUUUAUCU